GAGUGGAGAAGCUGCCGGAGAUCGUCAGCGAGUGGGUGCCAUCGACAGGAACCGUGUAGGAAAGGGGACAGCCGCGGAAGAGAAGUGUGAGGCACGACAGCAACGUCUGCUCGAUAUCUGGCCAGAUCGGCUUCUGGAAGAGCUUCGUCUUAUGGACGCGCCAGCCAUGAGAAAGCUCGAAAGUUGUCCGGACAGGAUGGCAGCUGAAAGAAUGCUUCCUGUCAAGACCCGGGCGACGACAGUCAAGAGGUACGAGGCCAAAAGCGUCAGCGUGCCCGGCGCUGAGGCGGACUUGAUUGACCACCUCAUGGUUAGGCGGGAAGAGCCGUGCGGACCACGACAGGGAGGGAGAGCCGUCUGGUUGGUUAAAGAUCGGAUUGUUGAAGCGCUUUCCAAGAAUGCGCCAGUCACCAAAAGGGCUCCUCCAGUGUACCUCUUGGCCACCAUCGAAGGAUACGUCAUGGACGAAAGUGAGCUUGCCGUCUGGAGGGUCGUCGCACGGUCUAAGCUCGUAGAGGUUUGGGCAUGCUUGCGCUGGGAUGACCUGCAGAGCACCAAACCGGCGGAGUUGACCUUCGCCGAUGGGAGGCUCACGACAAUACUCCGCAAGACAAAGACGUCAGGGCCAAACCGCAGCGUCAAAGAACUCCCGGUCUGUGUGAGCGCAAGAGCACUCUUCCUGGACUCGCGUUGGCUUGGCUGGGGCUUCCAGGGCGAUAGCUGCGUCAGGAAGAUGGCGGAGUACGGUCACGCGGUUGGCUACACGGCUGG